AUGCGAGCUUAUCUAGACUUAUUAGAGAAACUUUUGGAAGAUGGAAAUCAAAAAAGCGAUCGUACAGGUACAGGUACUUUAAGUUUAUUUGGUCAUCAAAUGAGAUUCGAUUUACAAAAAGGAUUUCCAAUGCUUACCACUAAAAAGCUACACCUUAAAUCUAUUAUUUACGAAUUGCUUUGGUUUUUAAAAGGAGAUACCAAUGUAAAGUAUCUUCAAGAAAAUGGUGUACGCAUCUGGAAUGAGUGGGCAGAUGGAAAUGGAGAUCUAGGUCCGGUAUAUGGAAAACAGUGGAGAAACUGGGAAUGCCAAGAUGGUAGUGUAGUGGAUCAAAUUUCCCAAGCCAUUGAUAUGAUUAAAAAUAAUCCAGACUCAAGAAGAAUCAUUGUGAAUUCCUGGAAUGUAGGAGAAUUAUCUCAGAUGGCUUUAUCUCCUUGUCAUUGUCUUUUUCAAUUUUAUGUCGCAGAUGGAAAAUUGUCAUGUCAAUUAUAUCAAAGAUCAGCUGAUACAUUUUUAGGUGUUCCUUUUAAUAUCGCUUCCUAUGCACUACUAACGAUGAUGAUGGCACAAGUGUGUGAUUUGGAACCCGGAGAUUUUGUAAUCACUUUUGGAGAUGUUCAUUUAUACACAAAUCAUAUUGAACAAGCCAAAGAACAGCUGUCUAGAAAUCCUAAACCGCUCCCAAUCUUAAAAAUUAACGAACAAGUAAAGGAUAUAUUCGAUUUUACAUUUGAGGACUUUUCCUUGCAUAAUUACGAUCCACACCCACAUAUUAAGGCGAAAGUUGCUGUUUAA